GGAGUUGUAGUUUGGAAGCCGAGCAUUGCGGCGGCAUGUGGCCCCGAGUGCUGCUCGGGGAGGCCCGGGUGGCGGCGGGUGGGUGUCGCGCGCUGCUGUCUCGCUGCACCAUGCACCUCUCUGCGAGGUGGACACCCAGGAGCGGCUCGGCCAUGCGGCGGAGCCUGCAUGCUACAGCGGCGCGAUCUUUCCCGCUUAUCCCCAUCGUGGUGGAGCAGACGGGUCGAGGCGAGCGCGCCUACGACAUCUACUCCAGGCUGCUGCGAGAGCGCAUCGUGUGCGUCAUGGGCCCGAUAGAUGACGGCGUUGCCAGCCUGGUCAUCGCUCAGCUGCUAUUCCUACAGUCAGAGAGCAACAAGAAACCCAUUCACAUGUACAUCAACAGUCCGGGUGGUGUGGUGACUUCGGGCCUGGCCAUCUAUGACACAAUGCAGUACAUUCUGAAUCCCAUCUGCACGUGGUGUGUGGGCCAGGCCGCCAGCAUGGGCUCCCUGCUUCUCGCCGCUGGCACCCCGGGCAUGCGCCACUCGCUGCCCAACUCCCGAAUCAUGAUCCACCAGCCCUCGGGGGGCGCCCGGGGUCAAGCCACAGACAUCGCCAUUCAGGCUGAAGAGAUCAUGAAGCUCAAGAAACAACUGUACAAUAUCUACGCCAAGCACACGAAACAGACCUUGCAGGUCAUCGAGUCGGCCAUGGAGAGGGACCGCUACAUGAGCCCCAUGGAGGCCCAGGAGUUUGGCAUCUUGGACAAGGUCCUGGUCCACCCACCCCAAGAUGGGGAGGAUGAGCCAGAGCUGGUGCAAAAAGAGACCCCUGCAGUGCCAGCUGACCCUCCUGCCACAGCCAGCACCUGAGAGCCAGACCUGAGCUCCAGGGCUGUGGACAGCUGGGGGACCUCAGUUCCAGGGCUGUGGACAGCUCAGGAACUGUGUCCCUACCUGCUGCUUGUUGUUGAGCCCUGAGGGGCCCCUGGAGAGACUUUGAAUUUGGGGGACUGAUAUGCUUUCACAUGGGGGCAGGUCAGCCUGGCUAAGACACUGUGAUUUUAAAUUAGAUCUUUGUGGUCUUUGUCCUCAUCUGAGACACCUUCAGUCACUGCUUUAAGACACCAGGCGCCUCUAAACUGUCACCCUGAUGCCAACAUGAACCAUCUCUUCUGUCAGCAAA